CAAAGCAGAAUUAAUAAUCUCGACUAAAGCAGAAUUGAAUCAUGAAAAUAUGCAUAGAUUGAAUAUGAACUCAAGAUUAUCAAGUCAGAGUACUCAUACAAUCAUCCAAUCAAACAAACAUAGCUAGGGUUCCUCAAAACCUAAGUGAAGGGAAGUUACUCCAUAGAGAAGAGAGAGACUGCAGAAAUCUGAUCUAGUUCUUCAAUCUCCAUCUCCAAGCUUGAUUCCCGAGCUCCAAUGACAAAGAAAUCCUCCAAAAUAGCUCCAAGAAUGUUCCCAAGUCGCUCUCUCUCUAGGGUUCGUCCCUUGGGUGUUUGGGAACCAAAAACCCAGCUCUCCCCUUUCCUUUGGCUGAAAAUCGAGUUUUAAACAGAAAUUCCCGAUCACGCGGCCAGACCACACGGCCGUGUGGCUUUCCCAGCUGCCCGUGUGAAGGCUCGGUGAUUUCCACACGGCCACGACCCACACGGCCGUGUGGAGUUCCAGGAUGCCCGUGUGGCUUGCUCAGCCUCUGUUUAAUGCUUCGUUUCUCCCUCGUCCGGACUCCGAAUUAGUCCCCGUUUGAUCCCAGACGCUCGUAGUCUCGUCCUCUUUCUUUUCAUGACAAGCUUGCAUGAUUCUUUGUCCAUAAAGUGAGGUAGAAAUCUAUUCUUCUUCAGGUCAUCCCCGAGUUUCUUCUCCCGAAUCGUCAAUUGAUCUCUGAUUGAUUUGAAACUUGCAUCUAUGCUUCCCUUUAUGUGCUAGGACCUGAAAUGUGACAAAGUAACACAACCUAGCAUAAAAUAGGACAAAGACGCAAUAAUUCAAGCUCAAACAAUCAAGAAACAAUGGGGAAAGCAUGUGCAAAUACCGAGUCAUCAAUGACGAGGGAGCCCUUGGCCAAGAUGCUCUAGCCCUGCAAGAUCCUACAACGCUAUAACAACAGGGCACUCCAGAAAGAGAUGUUCCACAGCCUUAGAGUUUUCCCAACUGACCGGACACCGUGGGUGCACCAAUACAUCUUUCUGAAUAAAGGCUUCCGUUUUUGGGAGGAAAUGGUGCAACACUUGCCACAAAAAGAUCUUCAAUUUAGGUGGAAUUGAGGAACCCCAAAACUAGAUCUAGCUUUUCCGAGUAGGUGAUAUCCAUCAACACCGCUAGGUGAUAGGCCGAUUUAACAGUAAAAACUCCAUCACACGUGGCAUGCGAGAUUUACUUGUCCUCCAUGUCCUGGAGGGGUAGAGGAAUAGCUUUAAUAGCAUGACAAUUGGCUAGAGGGAACUACUGGCCAAGUUUCUCAUCGGAUCAACGUCCCUCUCCUGGGUAUAACAAAUCAGCCACCUUAAGGUUCCCCCCUUCUGGAAGCACCUGCAGGUUAUAAAGUGGAGGGUCAGGAUGCAAGGCAGAGAUCCAAAUAUCCCGUAAAGCAGACACAAUCCUGCCAUUCCCAAUGUGCCAGUGAAGGCCCCGAACCAAGAGUUGACCCCCAUAUUGGAUGCUUUGCCAUCCCAUGGAAGGACGAGAUCGCGUAGUAGCGGUGAGAAAAGUGCUAGUAGGGAUUAUUUCCCUUUAUACACCUGAGCAAGAAGGGAUGUAGGGUCAUUAAGUAUUCGCCACCCAAUCUUGGCUAAUAAAGCCUUAUUGAAGUGCUCAAACCGAUGGAAUCCCAUGACACCCUCAUGCUUACUAUGACACAUCUUACGCCACGACAUCCAUCUUAUACGGGAAUGCCCAUCUUCCACUCCCCACCAAAAUCGUGCCAUAAGCCUAUCCAAAAUGCGGCACGACUUGAGAGGGAGUUUAAAGCAAGACAUCACAUGCAACGGUAAAGCUGAGGCUGCUGACUUAAUCAAGGUUUCCUUAGCCGCCGAAGACAAUGUCCGCUGGGCCCACCCCUGGAGGCGUGCCAUCAACCGUUCCUCAACGAAAUGUAGCCAUCUUAGAUUGGGAUAUGAGGGUGGGAAAUCCCAGAUAUUUAUCCUGAAUUCCCACAGCUCCCACGCCCAAAAUUUGGGCCAAGAAUUCAUGAUCAGGGAUCGAAACGUUCUUACUGAAACCAGCGUUCGAGAAGGCGUUAUUAGGCGCUCGCCUAGACUAGCUUAAGCGAUAGGAGGGAGAGGAACGCCUCACUUUGGCUAAAGGCGUAGAUAAAAGCGCUCAUAAUGCUAGAAUGGUGGAAAGCGGCGACGAGGCUACACUUUAUCCAGGCAUACAAAAGCGUUGGGGAGGCGACGGGGAGGCUGGGUAGAGAAUGAUUCGGAAACUGAAUAAAAUGUGAAAAUAUCAUAAACGACACCGUCAUCUGUUUCUCUACUAGUCUUGUAGAAAGAAACUCUUGAGUUGCGAUGCUGCCAUCCAUGGGAUCCAGCUAUUAUUAUUCACUAAUAAUAACAUAUUAUAACUAAUAGCCAUGGUUAAAAAAAAAAGCUCUUAACCAUAUGCUUAGGUAUGCCUAGGUGCAACGCAAUGCCAAAACGCCUCGCCUAGAGAUUUCGCAGUGAAUUAGGUACUGAGAACACAUUGAUAGAGUAAGUUGGCACCUAAAUGUUCAUUAUGCAUAGUUAGUGGAGUCAGGUAGUCAAUAUCAAAUGCGGGAUGAGCCUCAUAUAAAAAAUAAAAUCUUCUAUAUCAAUAUUUUCAAUAACUCAAAAGAUUAGGAGCUAUUGAGUUAUGAUUCUAUGAACAUGUUAGCUAUUUUUCUUAUUGUUAAGUGUUAAAUAAGUUAUUAAUCAUUUAAACAAAAGUGUGAAAGUGUUGUAAAUUGUUAUUUCAUUCUUCAUGCAGUAAAAAAUUAUAUAUUUUCUUCCAACGCCUAGGCACGCUUAGUCUACGCCUAGGCGAGCAAGGCUCUAGGCGAGGCACCAACGCUAGCCUUACGCCUAGCGCCUUCUUGAACAUUGACUGAAACAAAUCGCCAAUUUCGCCAGGUUAACUCGUUGCUCGCUCAGUUUCUCAUAUUCAUUGAGCACCUCAAUCAAAUUCUCACAUUGUUGUAGAGAUCCUCUAAGAAAUAAAUACGAGUCAUCAGCAAAAAACAAGUGAGAGAUCCUAGGUGCUCGAGGCGCCACUUUCACUCCCUAACUUUACCUUCGGCAACAACUUUCCGGAGAAGAGCCGCAAACCCUUCAAUACACAGAACAAAUAAGAGAGGGGAAAGUGGGUCACCCUGACGAAGCCCAUGAGUGGGUUUGAAAAAAGCAUAGGGCGUACCGUUCAUGAGAAUUGAGAAAGACGACGAAUUAAGACAUUCCUGAAUCCAGCCGAUCCAGGUCUGGUUGAACCCUAAUUUGUCUAAUAUUGCAAUGAGAAAGCGCCAUUCGACUCUAUCAUAGGCCUUUUCCAUGUCAACUUUUAGAUCCAUGUACCCUUUCUUCCCACGAUUCUUGAUUUUCAGAUAAUGCAUAAGUUCAUCCCCUAGUAACACAUUCCACAAUUUGUCUUUCUCGGAUAAACGCAUUUUGUCCUUCAGAGAUUAUAUGCGGGAGAAUUUGGGCAAGCCUCUCAGUCAUGAAUUUGGUAAUAAUUUUAUACACUAAUUGCAUAAGCUUAUCGGCCUCAACUGGAGAAUGAAUUCCACAUUAUCCA